GCACGUGUAAAUUGAAGAAGAUGUAGAAAGUGAAAAAAGCUUACUAUAUUAAAGCAGAAAAAAGGAAGUGUUAGCACAUCGUACAUGUGUAAGGUCCGCAUGAAAAUAGGGUUGAGGUUGCUGAAACAACACCACUUGUCCCCAACUAACUGUCAAUACAUCUCAAAGAAACUUCCCCACAUAUUCGGCUCCACCAUUUUUACUCAGUCUCCCUCCCCACUCCCCUCCACCUAAGUCUAAGUGCAUUCAUUCCCAAAUGCCAACACAAACCAAAAAUCUCUUCAUCUUCCUCAUUCAACCCAGACAAAAACACAAGAUCAUCGGAUAAUCAAUCAAAAUCGGAUAUAUGAGAAUUGGAGGAUGACCAUUAAGAGUGGCACUGGCCAGGCCUGCGCUGCUUGCAAGUACCAACGCCGUCGCUGCACACCGGAAUGCCUCCUCGCCCCCUUCUUCCCGGCCGACCAGCCCAAGAUGUUCCAGAACGUCCACCGCCUCUUCGGCGUCAAGAACAUCCAGAACCUCCUCAAGGAGCUCGGCCCCGACCACCACCAGAAGGCCACCGCCAUGAAGUCCAUCAAGUUCCACGCCACCAUGCGCGACAAGUACCCUGUCUGGGGCUGCAUGGUCGAGAUCCAACACCUCACCUACCAAAUCCAGCUCGCCGAGGACGAGCUUCAGGCCGUCCUCCACCAGAUCGCCUUCUACCGCCAGCAACAACAUCAACAUCAACCGCAACAAGAUCACCCGCUCUCCCCCACCGCCGCCGACGACUACAUCUCCGAGCUGCAGCUCGGUAUGGCCCCGCCCGGGAACGACGCCGCCGCCUUCGCCCCUCAGCAGCAGCAGGUGGUGUCCUACUCCAACAGCAGCAACGGCGGCGGCGGCGACUACGGCAUCAACUACCUGGAUUUCAAGGAGAUGAACAGCGUCGUCAACUCCAUGUGCCAGCAGGCUUACAGUAACAUCAGCAACGACAACAACCCUAAUUCCGUCGUCACGCAAUCGCAUCAUCUCAUGAUGCACGCGCAGCCGCUCCACCAACCGCCGCCGCAGGAUUACGCCGAGAUGCAGCCGUUUUUCGACAAUAUUGAUGACACACAAUCUUAUAUUGGCUCCAAAGAAGCCUAUGAUCAAUCCAGCUUGAGCUUGGAAUCGCCGUUCAAAGAUUCGAGACAGCUUGUUGAGGAGAUUGAUGAGAAUGAGCUCAAGAGUGCUGCAGCAUGUUUUAGCCUUACUAGUGUCAACUAAGGAAGGAGUAAUUUUUCGUUUUUUUUUUUUUUCUUUUUUCGCACGGUUUGUAGAAGUAGAUUUGGUAGAUUAAAUAUUUUCAAACAUUGUUAUAAUCUUAAGUUUCGUAGUUUAGGGAAAUACUAUUUUCUCGAAGAGAAGAUGGGAUUUAAAUUUUUUUUUUCUCUUAAUUUCCUUUUUUUUCCCUCUGAAACUUGGAUUAGAUUUGAGGUAGAAAGUUUUCCGUUUUCUUUUUUUGUUACUUGUAGGUGUUCCUAGGCGAUUUUGAUGAGUCCAGGUCCAUGUAAUUAAUGAUCAUAUCUCAUAUAAAAAUAUAUGAGAAGUGGGAUUAUCUGAGGAGUAAUUAGUUAGAAAUUAAUAAGAAUAAAACCUUGAACAAAA